ACUCGUUAUCCACAUACCGGAAGCGGUGCCUGACAGUUUCCGGAUGUACGGGCUCCGCACUCUGUUUAGCUUGGGCCUGCUGGUUGGGGGGGCGCGCCUUGGCGCUAGGGUAGCGCAAGUUGGAGCCCUUGGCGGGACGUGUCCGCUGGGGCAGGGGCUGGUAGCAGACGGAAACUCCCAGUGCAAGCAAUUCAGAACUGGGGCAGCCAUGGAACGGGGACUGAGAUACCUAAGUCAGGAAGAAGCACAGGCAGUGGACGAAGAGCUAUUCAAUGAAUACAGGUUCAGCGUUGAUCAGCUUAUGGAACUAGCUGGACUUAGCUGCGCUGUCGCUAUUACCAAGGCUUAUCCAGUUAGUUCAUUCACAUCCAACUUGCCAACGGUAUUGGUGGUCUGUGGUCCAGGGAACAAUGGAGGAGAUGGUCUGGUCUGUGCCCGACACCUUAAGCUUUUUGGGUAUGAACCAGCCAUACAUUACCCGAAGCGCCCAAACAAGACGCUAUUUGAGAACCUAACAACGCAGUGUCAGAAAAUGGACAUUCCAUUUGUCUCAGAGUUUCCAAGUGAGCCUGAAGUAAUUGACGGAGCCUACAACCUGGUAGUGGAUGCCGUUUUUGGAUUCAGCUUUAAAGGAGCUGUACGUGAACCCUUUGGCAAUAUUCUGAGUACGUUAAAGCGCGUCACUGUACCCAUUGCAAGUGUGGACAUCCCAUCAGGAUGGGACGUGGAGAAAGGGAACCCAGAGGGGAUACAGCCGGACAUGCUUAUUUCUUUGACCGCUCCCAAACAAUCAGCUGUGCACUUCACCGGACGAUACCACUUCCUGGGUGGAAGAUUUGUCCCAAAGGCACUAGAGAAAAAGUACAGUCUCAAUCUCCCACCAUACCCUGGGACUGAAUGUGUCCAGAAGCUGCCUUAAACCAAAGAGUGUGCUUAGGGGAGGGUGGAAUUCAGUAGGCAGUGACUGAAAAAUUGAAAUUACAAAUUAAGAUAGGGCACUUUUUUGUCCAAGUAUAUUUACUACCACAUCACCCAGAAAACCACAUAGGAUUGGUUUAAAUGCAGCAUGAUAUAGAUCAGAUGAUCAACUUGUGGCCUUAUAGCACUUAGGGAACUACUUUCCCAUUUAUUUCAUGGAAGGUUGAGAGUUAAGUUGGUUAUGAGUAGGUUGAUAUAAGCUGCUGUCUCAGCCACUUCAGACCAAGUUGUCAGCUUAUUGGACGGUGUAUGGAGGUGACGGCCUGCCAGAUAUUAUUAUUAACAUGUAUUUAUAAAGCCCCAACAUAUUCCACAGCGCUGCAAUCUAUUGGCAGGCUUGCAAAUUGAAUUGAGAGAGGACUUUAUUGGCAUUUGGGGUGGCCAAAUCAGGCAAAAAUCAGGUAAUUCAUUGCUGUUCUUGUUGCUAUAAAAAAUAAGUACUUAACCUUUAAUAAAAUAAGGAGAAAAGCACCUUGAGCAUAAUUAUUGUAUCUAUAAGUCCAUACCCUUAACCUUUCUAAAGCUGUCAUUGGGUAACAUGUAUAUUCAAUAAAUCAUGCCUUUAAAAAUG